UUUCGAGGAUGACAGCGAAGGGGUUUGGGAUCGUUCGGGGAUUUUCGUCGCGAGAGUUUUUGUUAGUUCUUCUAGAGAGAAAUCGCGGAAAUCGAGGGAAGCGCGCGUGGGGCGGCGGACAUCUUUACUUCCGUUUAGCUUCGCGGAAUUUUUUUGGUUCAUUCAUCUAUGAGUUUUUCUUAUCUUUGGGAUGAUCGAUUUCGAGUUGUUUCGCGAAAUAGUUGAGAAUCGUCGAGCGAAGUGGUUGUUUGUUUGUGACGCGGAAAAAAAAAAACAGUGAAAAAUAGUCCGAGCACGAGGCGUCGGCCUCUAUUCCAGGAAAAAAAAUUUCGUCUUAUCAAGGACCGAUUGUCGAGAAUUUUAUUCGAAUUGAAGCAGUAACUAAACGACAAAAAUGGCCAAGGCACCCGCAGUCGGUAUUGAUCUGGGUACGACGUACUCCUGCGUCGGAGUCUUCCAGCAUGGAAAGGUCGAAAUCAUCGCCAACGACCAGGGUAACCGCACCACCCCCAGUUACGUGGCCUUCACCGACACCGAGCGUCUCAUCGGUGAUGCCGCCAAGAACCAGGUUGCCAUGAACCCCAACAACACCAUCUUCGAUGCCAAACGCCUUAUCGGUCGUCGUUUCGAGGAUGCCACCGUCCAGGCUGACAUGAAGCACUGGCCAUUCAAUGUCAUCAGCGACGGCGGCAAGCCAAAGAUCCAAGUUCAGUAUAAAGGAGAAACGAAGACUUUCUUCCCCGAAGAAGUGAGUUCGAUGGUCCUUGUCAAGAUGAAGGAAACCGCUGAGGCUUACCUCGGUAUGACCGUCACCAAUGCCGUGAUCACCGUGCCCGCUUACUUCAACGACUCGCAGCGUCAGGCAACCAAGGACGCCGGUACCAUCUCGGGCCUGAACGUGCUGCGUAUCAUCAACGAGCCCACCGCCGCCGCUAUCGCCUACGGUCUCGACAAGAAGGCCGUCGGUGAGCGUAACGUUCUCAUCUUCGAUCUUGGCGGCGGUACCUUCGACGUCUCCAUCCUGACCAUCGAGGAUGGUAUCUUCGAGGUCAAGUCAACGGCCGGUGACACUCACUUGGGAGGUGAGGACUUCGACAACCGUAUGGUCAACCACUUCGUCCAGGAGUUCAAGCGCAAGUACAAGAAGGACCUUACCGCCAACAAGCGUGCCCUUCGUCGUCUGCGCACGAGCUGCGAGCGUGCGAAGCGUACUCUCUCCUCGUCGACCCAGGCCAGCAUUGAAAUCGACUCUCUCUACGAGGGUAUCGACUUCUACACCUCCAUCACCAGGGCUCGUUUCGAGGAGCUCUGCGCUGACCUCUUCAGAGGCACCCUCGAGCCCGUCGAGAAGUCCCUGCGUGACGCCAAGAUGGACAAGGCCCAGAUCCACGACAUCGUCCUCGUCGGUGGAUCCACCCGUAUCCCCAAGAUCCAGAAGCUCCUCCAAGACUUCUUCAACGGCAAGGAACUCAACAAGUCCAUCAACCCUGAUGAGGCUGUGGCUUACGGAGCUGCCGUUCAGGCCGCCAUCUUGCACGGUGACAAGUCCGAGGAGGUCCAAGAUCUCCUGCUUCUCGACGUCACUCCCCUGUCUCUUGGUAUCGAGACUGCUGGAGGUGUUAUGACCGCUCUCAUCAAGAGAAACACCACCAUCCCGACCAAGCAGACCCAGACCUUCACCACCUACGCCGACAACCAGCCUGGUGUACUCAUUCAGGUCUACGAAGGUGAGCGUGCCAUGACCAAGGACAACAACCUCCUUGGAAAGUUCGAGCUCAGUGGAAUUCCCCCAGCGCCCCGUGGUGUUCCCCAGAUCGAAGUUACCUUCGACAUUGACGCCAACGGUAUCUUGAACGUCUCUGCUGUCGACAAGUCGACUGGCAAGGAGAACAAGAUCACCAUCACCAACGACAAGGGACGUCUCAGCAAGGAAGACAUUGAGCGUAUGGUCAAUGAGGCCGAGAAGUACAGGAGCGAAGACGAGAAGCAGAAGGAGACCAUCUCUGCCAAGAACGGUCUGGAGUCUUACUGCUUCAACAUGAAGAGCACCGUCGAAGACGAGAAAAUCAAGGACAAGAUUAGCUCUAGCGACAAGCAGGUCGUUCUCGACAAAUGCAACGAGAUCAUCAAGUGGCUCGACGCCAACCAGCUGGCUGACAAGGAGGAAUACGAACACAAGCAGAAGGAACUGGAGUCCAUCUGCAACCCCAUUGUCACAAAUCUGUACCAGGGCGCCGGUGGCGGUAUGCCCGGUGGAAUGCCAGGUGGCUUCCCCGGUGCCGGUGGCGCUCCAGGAGCCGGUGGUGCCGCACCAGGUGGUGCUGGAGGAGCUGCUGGCCCCACCAUCGAAGAGGUCGACUAAAAGCCGAGCGCUCUAAUUUCAAUAUAUGCAAAGGAGAGGGAACAUACGUCGACGAACCACAACCGGAAAUCGCCGACAAAUAGCACUGAACUUCGUACUCUCGAGCAAAAAAGAGCCGGACAAAAUAAAAAUAAAAAUCUAGAACCUUA